AUGGCGCGCGGCAAUCAACGCGACAAGGCCCGCGAGGCGAACCUCAAGAAGCUUGCUACUAUGAAAAAGGGCAACAGCCUCAGCGGAUCUGCGCUGGCCAAGUCCAAGGAGGAGGCCGCAGAAAAGAUGCGCCAAAAACAGGCUGCCGCCGACGCGAAGAAGGCAGCCGGAGGUUCGAGCGCCUCGGCGCCGGCCGGGAAAGGCUCCCAGGGGCGCGCCUAA